AUGGGUAGGAUGUAUGGUAGACUGUUGAAGGGACGACUGGAGGAGAAUAUAAAAACCAAGAUUGGAGAAGACCAGGCUGGCUUCACAGCAGGAAGAUCAUGCCAGGACCAUAUAUACACGAUACAACAACUCGUCGAAAAAAGAGCGGUACAUAUAGCUUUUGAGGAUCUGCAAAAGGCUUAUGAUUCUGUACCCCGCAUAAAGAUCUGGGAAGCAUUGGAGAAACUUGACAUACCGCAAAAUCAGAUAUCUGCAACAAAAAAAUUAUACUCUGAAAACGUAGUAUCGGUCAAACUGAUGAGGAAAAGGCUAGGAAACAGCUUCAAAACAACUAAAGGUCUACUGCAAGGAUGCUCCCACCCUAUUCAAGAUAUUCCUAGAAGUGGCACUAAGACCUUGGAAACGGAAAUGUGA